CCCAAGCCACGUCGCGCUUUGCUCGCCAUUUUCCCAUCUUCUGAAGCCAGAAUCAUUCUAUUCUAGUAUCACGGUGUCAUUCAGCACUGUCAGCUCAUAAAUUACUUGUUACCGGGGACGAGUUGAGCUCUUUAUAGAGGCUUUAAUCGCUUUGCUUCUGCUGGCGCUCCCACAAACAUGAACAUUUUCAGGCUAACCGGCGAUCUCUCCCACCUAGCAGCCAUCAUCAUCCUGCUGCUAAAAAUAUGGAAAACCAGGUCUUGUGCCGGUAUCUCUGGGAAGAGUCAGGUCCUGUUUGCAUUAGUGUUCACCACCCGCUACCUGGACCUGCUGACCUCCUUCAUCUCUCUCUACAACACCACAAUGAAGAUCAUCUACAUCGGAUGUGCGUACGCCACUGUGUACCUGAUCUACCUGAAAUUCAAGGCCACUUACGACGGGAACCACGACACAUUCAGGGUGGAGUUCCUGGUCGUCCCUGUCGGCGGCCUGGCUUUCCUGGUUAACCAUGACUUCUCUCCCCUGGAGAUUCUGUGGACGUUCUCCAUCUACUUGGAGUCGGUGGCCAUCUUGCCCCAGCUUUUCAUGAUCAGCAAGACUGGUGAGGCCGAGACCAUCACCACCCACUACCUGUUCUUCCUGGGACUCUACAGAGCCCUCUACCUCAUCAACUGGAUAUGGAGGUUCUACUUUGAGGGAUUCUUCGACAUGAUCGCCAUUGUCGCUGGGGUGGUGCAGACCAUCCUCUACUGCGACUUCUUCUAUUUGUAUGUAACAAAAGUACUGAAAGGAAAGAAGUUGAGUCUGCCAGCUUAAGUGCCAAAGAGGAGUGUUUCGCAGACUCAUAGAGGGGGAUCGAAGGGGAGGAGGAGUGGUAGUGAACACCUCUGACAAGCCCCCCCACCCCACACCCUCCACCACCGCUUUCCUCCUCUUCCCCUCCCGCCAGCGUAAGAUGCCUGAGACAGAGAGCGAGUGGGAGCUGCUGACUGCACUUUCUUCUGAUCCAGAAUCAGUGGAAUCAGAACACCUGCAGAGGCUGGUCCAUGGCCUUCGGAUUUCUGUUUGACGCAUCUUGCCUUAACUUUUUUUAUUACUGUAUAAAGGAAGAAAAAAAAAAACAAAAGCGAGAAAAGUUUUCUACAGAAAAAUGUGUACUCCUGAAGAUUUGACACAUUGGUAAAUAAGAGCUGAAGAUGUAAAAUUGCCUCUGAUUUGGCACUGUAUGAUAUUGAAGCGGACCUCUUGUGGUGGGAUAUUAUUGACUCAAGCGUUUGUAAUUAUUUGCAAUUGAAAUAAAUGUGCAUUGUUUUUCCUGAAUCAAUUUGGGGAGGAAUUUGUUAAAUCCUCGUAGGUUUGGUGGUCAAAUUAUUCAUGUUUUGCUCUUCUAUUUUUGACCACUAUGCAUUCCCAUGUAUAAAGAAUCUUUUUUUUUUGUUUGUUUCCCAAGCCCUUGUUAAAAUAUAAAUUAAAUUUAGAAGCUGUGAUUUAACAUUCUCUUUAAAAAAAAAAAAAAAAAGAACUCGCACGUAACUCUCGAGGUGUGUUUUUGUUAGAAUCCCUUCAAAAUGGAGAGGCAUGGGUUGCUUCUGUGUUAUUUUACUUCUCCAUGUUGAACAGAAUGCUCAUUAGGAAACAACACAUAAUGCAAGCAAAGGGUUAAAAGGACGCCAGUGCAUUCUUAUCACUGUAAAUUGCUUUAUUCAUUUGAAUAGCCAAUGAGAACAGUAUAUCAUCUGUAAGUAUACAUCAUUGCCCAGCCCAUUCAUUUCAGAUGGCUCCUUUUUUAAACGUUUGAGAUCAGUGAAUUCACUAGUAUUGUGCUGUAUGUGAAUAAUCAUGACAGAAAUGGAAGUCUUUCAUUUUUCCUUUUUAGGUGCCGAUGUAUUUAUUUUUAACUUUCUUCCUGGUUUCCAAUAAACAGAGUCCGUGGAAUUGUCCACCUAUUGUGCAUCAUUUUAACAGCAGGGAUUAAAUCUCCCCAUCUGAGAUGAGCACAAUCCUACGAACGCUGUCACACCGAGUCUUAAAUACUUCUACAAACAUAUCUGCUUCCAGUUAAGUUUUACUGCAGAUCAUUCCAGGCUUCCUUUUCAUUACUUACCAGAGAUUUUGCAUGAUGUUGCCACCACAAAUAAAGACUCUAUGGGAAUA